AUGAACCUCCGCUGGCUGGAAUCAGCCAUCCCAGCUUCGACCAUGCAAGCAUGGGUUACACGGGAAGGGAAACCGGUAUACACGGAAGCUCUUGCCAAUUUCGCAAAAUAUCCCAUCUUCCCAAAUUCUGCGAUCAAGUUGGCGGUGGUUCCGACUCUAAAACGAGUUUCCGGCAAGCUAUAA